UCUGUGGGGGAAGGAUAGACUUUUACCAGUAGACAAUUGGGUAAAAAGCUGUCAAUCUGUUACCGCCCCAAAACACCGGAAUUACGAGAUGGGACAACGCAGUCUGUAUCUCAACUAAAAAGACAAAGGAUAAACAGCAACAUUUGCCAGAUUUCCAUUUUUCAUCUGGCAGACGGGUCCCAUUGUCCUUGAGAGCGGUACCCCCCCCCCCCUCACACUGCUCCUCUCUCCAGCUGUCACUUGAAGCUCCUUUUCCUUCUGUCCCCCCACUCUCAACACCCCCCACCCCCAAUUUUCCCAACAACCCCCCCACGGACACACAGCCCCGAUGGCAGGGCGCCCAUCACGACCCAGUGGCCAGCCCCAGUCCAGUAAGGUGAGCCAGUUUAAAUUGGUUCUACUGGGGGAGACAUCAGUGGGGAAGUCCAGCCUGCUGCUGCAGUUUGUCAAAGGCCAGUACCAGGACUUCGGGGAGAGCACCAUUGGGGCGGCCUUUCUGACUCAGAUAGUGAGUGUGGACAGUGCCAUGGUGAAGUUUGAGAUCUGGGACACGGCUGGUCAGGAACGCUACCACAGCCUGGCACCUAUGUACUACAGAGGAGCUCAGGCAGCCAUAGUGGUCUAUGACAUUACCAACACAGAGACCUUUGUAMGGGCCAAAGCUUGGGUGAGCGAGCUCCAGAAACAGGCCAGUACAAACAUGGUGAUAGCCUUAGCGGGCAACAAAGCCGAUUGGUCUGCUAACAGAGCGGUGGAGUAUACGGAUGGUCAGGGUUAUGCUGCUGACAACAGUCUUCUCUUCAUGGAGACCUCUGCCAAGACAGCCAUGAAUGUCAACAACCUCUUCCUGGCCAUAGCCAAGAAACUUCCCAAGAGUGAGCCACUGGGUGGAGUAGCUGGCAGUGCUGGGGUUCGAGGAGGACCUCCAAUGGACCUCAGACAGCCUACCCAGACCAGCCCUGCCCAGUGCUGUGGAAACUGAGGAGGGAUGGGGGAGAAGAGAAGCAAGCUCAUAUCUGAGGGAGGAGGGAAGUUUAAAGAGAUUUUCCAGAGAAAAGAAAGGAGCGUAAAAGAGAGUGUAGCAUGCAAAUGAGUUAAAGGAAUGAUAAGGGACAAAUACACUGAGUGUACAAAAUCAUUAGGAACUCCUUCCUAAUAUUGAGUUGCACCCACCCAACUGGUCAAGCUAUGUCAUGGAAAGAGCAGGUGUUCUUAAUGUUUUGUAUACUCAGUGUAUGUAGAUCAAUGGGAGGAAAACACGCACUACAAUAAGAUGAACUUCUAUUAAAGUUAUCACUUCCCAACAUGUUUUUGUCAACUCGGCACUACUGGACAGCCACUGACCCAGCCAGAUAAAAUACACUUACUGUAUGGUCUGUACGUGAUCUUUAUGCUCUUUAGUCUUAGCUUAUCAUAAUACUCCUCUAACCUUUCCACAUUUACGUGGGUUUAUUUGAUAUUAUGAAAAUAAAUGAAAUGAUGUUGAGAUACAGACUGCGUUGUCCCAUCUCGGUGUUUACACUCAGCAGUUCUCCCAGUAGGCUAGAAACUAAGGCCAAUUGAACACGUGGUGUGGGGUUAUGAAGUUCUUGGCAAAUGCUGCCAAUCUGAGGACACAAACAGGAAGUGACAUCACAUUGGUCUUUCAGGCGGUGCGGACACACUAGGCCAAAGCGAUUCAAACAGAGGCGUAGGCCAAAUGUCUGUUUGCAAAAAGCACACAGAUCAUUUCUCUGAGAACACAUGGUCAAAGCUCCCAGCAGUCCCUCCUAUGACUGCAUAUCAAAUUGCUUUUAUCCAUGUUCAUUUGCCUCUCUAUCUUAGUUGGACAUUUAUAUUAUCAGCUCUGCUGUACAGUUUCUGAGCCUCUCACCAGUACUAUGUAGUCCCUAAAAGAGGAAGUGACAAUAAAUGUUUUUUUUUACCACA